AUGCUACGCGAACGUUUACACCGCAUCGUGCUGAAUGUUUUAUAUUACAACUCACUACUUGUGGGUCUGUUGCCUGCACCAUUGGACCGAGGUACACAGGCAUUUCGCUCGUCUCGCUUUUAUCUCAUACACACUGUUUUCGCGCAUAGUUUCUGUGUACUCGUCACAACCUACGCCGGCUACUAUUACUACAAUCAUGGUUUUCUGACAAGAGAUCCCGUAUUGCAAUGGACCUACAGCGUAACAUAUUUAACGAAAAAUCUACUCGUGGUUGUACUCGUCAAAGAGUUGUGGUGCAAAAGGAAACGAACAAUGGCAGUUUACUUGGAUUAUUGGCUGCAGGAAAUGGGACUAGAGGCUUCCCUAGCGGCGAUUGCAGGACUAAAUGAAGAAGUGACAGGAAACCAAACUCCAUUACAACACAACAGAGAUCCACAGCGUCAUAUUGAAAAUCUAAUCAUUUUCAAAUUUUUUCUUGCAUAUAGUCUUGUUGUAAUGAAUGCGUACUAUUUUCUGAAUCAGCAUCCCGGCACCGAUGCCACAUACUUGCCAAUUACUUGCAUCUCAUUUGGUUUGAACACGUUUGUGCUUACCCUUUCGGGUCUCUUCUAUUGCGUACUCAGUCAGCUUUAUCGACAAUUUUCACAAAUAAAUAUCCAACUAUGUCUAGUAUUGGAGCAACUGCGACGACAAUCGUCGGAAGCCGCUGAAGUACAAACUGCACUCGCCAGCCGUAUCAACUCUCUGGGAAUGUUGCACCUCGCUGGCUAUCGUCUAACGCAAGAGAUAUUCGCAAUUGGUGAGCUCACAUUGGCUGCUUUGUUGUUACGUUUGCUUGCAGCUAACAUGCGUACUGUAUACGGCGCUUGCUACUUUCUGAGUAAAAGAGAGACGGAGAAUUUAUGGUCACAAGCCGAGGAGAUAUUAUUUACCACACUAUUCUUUAGCGACACAGCAAUGGUGAUGAGUAUGCUGAAUGCAGUGCUGUCAGAGUGUAAUGGCGCUGGGAAGUUGCUGCGGGAGUAUACUGAGUUUAUGGAUGUAAAAGGCUGUGAUUGCUUGCGGAAAGCGUUGGACGCAUUUUCCACGCAUUUGGGUUGCCAUAAACUUCGCUAUAUGGUAUGUGGACUAUUUGAAUUUAAUAAAAUGGCUUCGCUACAAUUCUUUUUGACGAUUUUGGUAAAAGUAACAGUACUGGUGCAAUUUGACAUGCAAAACAAGUUAAGGAAUAAUCGAAACGAUAUUAAUGUUGUAUAAAAAUUUAAAUAAAUAAAACUUACAUAUGUAACAAAGUUGAGUGCUGCUGAAAUCUAAUCCGCAGCAUGUAAAAAGCCACAGCUACAGAUGAGUUAUGCCACUUCUGAAAAACUGUCGCGGUGCUUAGACUUCUAGUAAUUUCAAUCACUUCGACAUUUUCAUAGAUUCACUUGAAACAGAAAGAAGAGUCAGGUCUAUGAAUGAAGUUCUGAUUAAGUUUUAUAAGCUCCCAUAAUAUGUCCUAGAUAUUAUAAAACUACAUUACCUUUA